ACCUUCACAAAAGUGAUGCAGUCAGGUUUCUGCUUCUAAUAUGACGCUUGCGCAAUUUACAUAGCAUCAAAAAGUAUUUGUGACAAUUUCAGUGUGUAUUUUUUAAAACAUAAAGAAGUGUAUUUACUAUUUUAGUGAAGAGAAAACUACAAUAUCCGCAUAUCAAAUCAUUCCAAUUUGUUUUCGUUCCUUUGGAAGCCAUCAAAGAAAGAAGGUUCUGCAUAUAUACUUUUGUCAUUUCUGCUACUGACAAUCACAUUGCGAUCACAUGUGAGAUUUAACACUUUGAAUUUGCAAUCUUGGACGAAAGGUUAGUAUCAUGGGAAAAGUUGCAAAAAGUUUCAUCGAGGAAAGUACAUAUAAGCUGCCUAUUAAAAUGUCCCGCAGUGGUAGGCAGAUAAAACUUCCACAAAAAAUAUCUUCUGAUGAAGCUCCUUUAGUAAUAAAAAAACCCAAACAAUCAUUAACAGUAGAUGGUAAAUUAUAUCAAAAGGAUCAGUUAAAAACUUUGGAAAUGUCCAGUACGUCGCAAUCGUUAAUUGAUGACUCUGGAUCCAACCCUCAAUUUCUAAUUCCAAAGGAUCCUUUCAGAAAUAUACCAAUGAAGAACUACACUGCUGACAACAAAUCCAACUCUGAACUAAUGGAGAAACAAAAUUCAUUUAAAAAUGCUUCUCGCCCUUUUAUUAGUCCACCACAUGAACAUGCUGAAAUGUUUGAUUUUGUGGAUCUAGAAUUGUUCCAAAGGUCUUCAGAAAAAAUAAACGAUGCAUCUUUUAAAACUAGAGUGUUGGAUAUCUUGGAUGUUUUACGAGAGCAAAAUAAAAUGAUUUUAAGACAACAAGAGAUAAUUUUAAAAGAAUUAUCAAAAAAUAAUAAUGCUACAGAGAGAAAACUUUCAGAAAGUUUAUUAACACCAUUACGAGGUUUUCCUAUUGAAACAGUGGAAAGAUUUCAAGAGUUUGAAUCAGAAAUUGGUAAAGAAAGUCGAACAAGAGUCUACAAUCACUUGGUAAAUAUGGGUGGUGCAACUUUAAGAAAUUUUCUAUCCAAUUCCUUAAGGAGACUUUUAACUGACAAUUUAGUAUGCUCUUUUACGUGGAAUGGAGGUGACAAUACCUUAAAGUUUGGCGAUACUAGAAUUGCAAAUGUUUUAUAUCCUUCCAAAAGGUGUGAAAAUUUCGAUGGUCCUACCAAUAAGGAAAUUUUUAAACAUCACAUGUUGGAAGUUUUAAGACAUACUAAGCAAAGGCACAGGAAACUUUUAAAGAAAAAUCUUCCAAUGGAAACUUCUGAAGAUCAUGACGAAGUAAUUAAACUUCAAAUGGAAACUUUGGAAACUGAACGCGAAUGUGAGAAUGAUGAUGGAAAUGAAAGCUAUGAUUGUGAGGAAGAAAUUUACGAAGUCAAAGAAAGUGCUUUCUUAGAUACCUAGUUUAUACCUCCAUUUCUUUCAUUCAAUUGUUUUAUCUCUAUUACCAAAUAAAACUUGAUUUAUAAUAUUUUUAUUUCAAUAAAACUUGUAAUCUUCUUUUCAAAUAAUAAAUAUUGGUUAUUUUUAUUA